AUGUAUCGAAGAGGAAAAGUCUUUAAUUUAUCAGUGCGAUGGCCUCUGUUUGGCCUUGGCUCUAGUGGUAAAGGCGCUCCAAUCAAAGGAAUACCUUCUGGUAGUGUAGCUAAUGAUCUUUUUAAGCGCAGUCAGUACUAUCACCCUUCUCCUGGAAAUUAUGCAGGAAAAUCCAGUUACGGUGAGGCUGCUGCUGGAGCUAUGGCAUCCACUACACGUCCUAACUUGGGGAUCCACCUGUAUGCAAAUAAAGAAAAUGCCUGGGAUACAUACACUAAUGACCGUUUUUAUGGUGCCAAGCGUCUAAAGGAGUACUGGAAGCGCAUGAUGGCGGAUCGCGGUGUCCGGUAUUACUUUUUCACCGUCAUUAUCGUCAUGCUGGGUGCCACGGCAAAGCUAUGGCAUAUGCAGCAAAUGCAAACACUCGAGGGUGGGUUAUUAGGGCCGAAGAAAAAAGCAUAUCAUAGUCGACUGACCAUUGUAUUGGAUGUGGACGAGACAAUUUUGUCCUACGGUGAUAAGGCCUUCCGCUUGAAGGCGGGACUCAUACCUCGGCCUUACUUGGCAGAACUCCUAGACUACCUGACUACAAUAGACGCGGAGGUGGUUCUCUGGUCAGCGUGUAGCGAUCGUUACAUGAGACAGGUCCUUGGUGUCAUUGAUCCUUCUGGCGUUCGAAUUUCACACUACAUAAUUCGAAACAACGACUGGUUCACGAGGGAUCACUAUUACGAGAAGAACAUCAUGUGGCUCAAGCGCUCUCUAGAGGAUACACUUAUUAUUGAAAACCGACCCUUAAGUGUUAGAAACUGCAACGCGAACGCUAUACUUUUAGACGACUUCAUUCGUGGUGAGUAUAUGGACACGGGUCGGGACCAUCCUAUGAACGACCACGCACUACACACUAUUAAAAAUGUUAUCGAAGACCUUGAACGCACCGGGAUGUCUGUACCCGAGUAUUUGCAGAAUGAAGAAGUUCGGAAUAAAGAAAUAAAUGAAAUUCCAUGUCAUCUUUGCAUAAGACAGCUACCAGAUGAGAUUGCUCGUGGAGUUUUCUAUUUUAUAGGGGACAAGUAUACAAUGUAG